CCAUCUUCUUCUUCAAUCUUCCCCACACAACUCUAAAAGAGCUUCCUGACUUAUCCUCUGAAAUCGGUCAAAUGGAAUCGAACACGACCCAGAACGGAUUCGAAGCUGUGGAAUCGAAGACAAUCGAAAACGGAUCCGAACUCGAACUCACGGAGUUCGAGAAAACCCAGAAGAAGUACCACGAUUUCAUCGCCGCGCUUCCAAAGAGCAAAGGCUGGAGACCCAACGAGAUCUUAACCCAAUACGGCGGACACUGGUGGCAAGAAUGUCUCCUCGAAGGUCUUCUUCACGCCAAAGACCAUUUUCAAGCACGACCCACUGAUUUCCUCGUCUGUAGCUACCCGAAAACCGGUACGACUUGGCUCAAAGCCUUAACUUACGCUAUAGUCAAUCGAUCCCGAUUCGACGACGCCACGAACCCACUCCUCAAACGAAACCCUCACGAGUUCGUGCCUUACGUCGAGAUCGAUUUCGCGUUUUACCCAGCCGUCGAUGUCCUUCAGGACAGAAAGAACCCUCUUUUCUCUACCCAUAUCCCUAACGGGUCAUUACCCGAUUCGAUUGUGAAUUCGGGUUGCAAGAUGGUUUACAUAUGGAGAGACCCCAAGGACACUUUCAUCUCCAUGUGGACUUUCCUCCACAAGGAGAAGUCUCAAGAGGGUCAAUUAGCGAGUCUCGAGGAGUCUUUUGAUAUGUUUUGCAAAGGUUUAUCUGUGUACGGUCCUUAUCUGGAUCAUGUUUUAGGUUAUUGGAAGGCUUACCAAGAGAACCCAGAUCGGAUUCUGUUCCUUAAGUACGAGACUAUGAGAGCUAAUCCUUUGCCAUUUGUGAAGAGAUUGGCUGAGUUCAUGGGGUAUGGAUUCACGGCAGAGGAAGAGGAGAAAGGUGUUGCUGAGAAAGUUGUGAGUCUUUGCAGCUUUGAGACGUUGAAGAAUCUUGAAGCUAACAAAGGGGAUAAGGAGAGAGAGGAUCGUCCUGCGGUUUAUGCGAAUAGCGCGUAUUUCAGGAAAGGAAAAGUUGGAGAUUGGGCGAAUUAUCUGACUCCAGAGAUGGCUGUUCGUAUCGAUGGGCUAGUGGAAGAGAAAUUCAAAGAUACUGGCUUGCUUCAACAUGAUUACUGAAAUGCGUUUUAGUUGAUUGAUUUCUUUAUGGUCCUUUUUGUUAGUUGGCGCGAAACAGAGGAUGCUCUGUUUUGUCUGUUUGGUUCUGUAUUUGUCAUUUAUUGUCUGUAAUCUGUAUCACCUUAUUAUAUAACAAGAGAAAGAUCUUUGAUUUAUGAUCCUAAA